UUUUCAUCUUCAUUCAUCAAUUCAGAUCACCACCAACCACCCUCAAAAGCUCCAAAUCUGAUCAGAGGUUGAAGAGAGUUUGGCUGCAUUAAUGUCUCUGAUGGAAGGUGUACAACACUUAAAAAUUCCACUUAAAGACAUAAAGUUGGCGACCAAUAACUUUGGCGAUGAUAAUUUUAUUGCACAAGGUGGAUUUGGGAAGGUCUACUUAGGCCAAAUCACCCUAUCUGGACAGUCUAUCACCGUUGCUAUAAAGAGGUUGGACCGCAGAUUGGGACAAGGGGAUCGAGAGUUCUUGAUGGAAAUUCAGAUGCUUUCACGCUAUAAACACAAAAACCUCAUCUCUCUUAUUGGGUUUUGUGAUGAAGGUGGAGAAAGUAUCCUCGUGUAUGAGCAUGCAAAACAUGGAAGCCUUGACAGAUAUCUAAGUUACUCUAACCUCUCCUGGAUCCAACGUCUCCAAAUAAGCCUUGGUGCAGCCCAUGGCUUUAAUUACCUUCAUAAUGACGUGGGACUUCAACACAGGGUCCUGCAUCGGGACAUAAAGAGUUCAAACAUUCUCUUAAACGAGAAUUGGGAAGCGAAAAUCUCAGAUUUUGGAUUAUCGAAAAUAGGCCCUUCAAAUGUUGAGUUCACUUUUCUUGUCACUAAUGCUUGUGGCACCUUCGGCUAUGUUGAUCCACAAUAUGUAAGAACCGGUAUUCUAACAAAGGAGUCUGACGUGUAUUCGUUUGGUGUAGUGCUAUUUGAAAUCUUAUGUGGAAGGUUGGCACUUAUUGAUAGAUAUCAAGAUGAACGUCGGUUUCUUUCUUCUCUGGCCCAAGUGUGUUGUGAAGACAACAGAUUAGAUGAGAUCAUUGAUCCCAAUCUCAUGAAUCAAAUGAAAGUAUGUUCGUUAAAGCUUUUCUCAAUGGCUGCAUAUCAAUGCUUGAGAGAUAAUCGAAGCGAACGCCCAACCAUGGGUUGGAUUGUUGAAAAACUUGAGAAGGCAUUAGAACUUCAAGCUUCUAGCAAAGGAUUUAUUCGGGUUGGCACAUGGGGACGAAGUGGAAAUCCUCCAAAUCAAUGGUCAUUUGAACUUGAGAAAGAUCAUAAGCUGGUGAAGAUAACCAUUGAUCAUGGUAACGUAAUAUACUCCCUUAUGUUCACUAGUGAAUUUAGAGGUGUUUUUUACAAUUCCGAAAAGUAUGGGGGUUGGGCCGGUGGAGAAACAGUUUCCGAGGUCAUUUUCGAAGGUGAUGAGGAAAUAAUUGGCAUUAAUGGAACCAUUGGUUCUCGAGAUGGUUUUACAAUAAUUUCGUCCCUAUCAUUUCAGACGAACAAAAGAACCCACGGACCUUUUGGUCGAGUAACAAAAGUUGUUUUCUCUAUACCAUGGGACAAAGGCGGUUUAGUUGGGUUUUAUGGCGUUGCUGGUUAUUACAUAGAUAGUUUUGGCAUAUAUGUUAAACCUAAUGAGGAAAUCAUAAGGGUUGGAACAUGGGGAAAAACUGGAACUGGAAGCCCGCAAAACAUCUGGUAUCUACAACUAGAGACACAUCAACAUUUGAAGAUGAUAACCAUUGAUCAUGGCGAUCUUAUAUACUCUCUCAUUUUCACCACGCAAUAUAGAGGUGUAACACACACUUACGAAAAGGCUGGUGGGUGGAAUGGUGGAGAAACGGUUUCUGAGCAAAGAAUUCAUUAGAAAAUAAACACAAACAAGGUGCUAGAGUUUACAAAGGACUUACUUAUUAUUGACGAAGCAACUGUCUCGAUUUAAAAUUUUAGCCUCUUGAAAAUUUAAAGAUAUUUUCUUUUUGAUGAAAGGUUUAGUAAGUUAGUUUAGUAUAACUGAUUGUCCUAAUUAUUUGUAAGCAGUGGUAAAAUUAUGAGAAAUCAAAUAUCUUCUUAUUUUUUUUUCUUUUUACAAUCUUUAUACACAUUUAAAGAUUGUGAUGUUUUUCAUAUUUAGUAAGAUUAAUAAAUUUAUUACAUUUGUCAUCAUUUAAAACUAAUAGGAGGAUGAAUAGAAAGAAAAAGUAAGAGAAUAUUUAAUUUCUCUAAAAUUAUAAUUGAACUUUCAAUGUCUAUAAUUUACUAUAUGAGUUUUGAGGACCAUAAUUUGUCUCUUUUGGUUACUUAAUAAGCAAUAUGUUCGGAAUAGUUUCAUAUUGUCAUGUUUCUAACAAAAACAUUAUUAAUAAUAGUAUAUAAGAUAGGUAAAACACUCCAAUAUAUUUUCAGGCAUACUAGAAAUAAGGAGUUUGUUAUUUUUAUUUCUUUAUUUGAUAAAAGGUAAACCAACUCACAAAUUCAUGUUUAAAAAUAAACUCCACAUUGAUUCAAACCAAACAAAUUUUUUUUUUUGACACAAAUGGUGGUCAUUCCCUAAUAUUGGGUCCACCUAAACAUUUUCCCAUCAAUGUUAAAAGGUUCUCGUGUAUUUUUUUGCAAGCUUUGUAGUGCAGUUAUAUUUAAGAGAAAUCUUUGAAAAAGCCCUUACAUUUUCAUAUUGGAGCAGGUACUUAUAGUUUUUUUUCUUGUGGUUAAGCCCAAAAAACUAGCAAUUGUUUACACAUAAGUCCAAAAAACCGACAAUUCUUUACAAUUUUGGAUUUUUAUCCCGAUAAUACGGUCAUUUUUUGGGUUUUACCACUUUAACCGGCUACCAACCAAAACAUGAGUGUUUUUUCAUAGAUGUAAUCAAAUUUUAAGUUAGCCUAAUAUAAAAUAUAGUUUUAGUUAUUUCAAUACAAAAUAUUAGAUAAUAGUUAGUCCAACCCUUUAAACUUUAAUCAUAUUUGUGAAAAAAGCACUCGUAUUUGGUUGGUGACCCAAAGAUGACCGGUUACCGACGUAAAAACCAAAAAAUGACAGGUUUAUCAGGGUAAAAAAUAAAAAAUGUAAAUAGUUGUUAAAAUUUGGGACAUUAUUCUCAGUUUUUUGGAUUUAAUUGCAAGAAAAAAAACAUUAAAGACUUAAUCCAAUAUAAGAUCAAAAUAUAAGAUCUUUUAUGAAGUAUCCUUAUAUUUAACUCAUUUAAUUUGCAUUUCAAUAAUUUUGAAGAUUUAAUUGGAAUCGUUUCCUAUUUGUUCAAUUAUCGAAAAUGUUUACCAUCAUGCUAAUCAGUUUUGAUUAUUUAAAAUAUAUGUAUUAUUUAGAUACAAAAGGUAUUAAAUUAUUAGCACAUAGAUUUUUGAAUCUUAUUUUUAAAAUUUUAAUAAAGAUAUAUUGAAUUUGAAUUUAUUUUGAUGAGAAUUUUAUAUGACUAAACUUUAAACGAUAUAUAGAUUAUCGUUAUGUUUAUACACUAAUAUAAAAAAAUAAUAAAGGUAUAAAUAAAAAGACCUAAUUAUGAUACAUUAAACAUGUUAAUGGGUUAACAAAUUUUAAAGGGACCAUAUUGUAAUUACUCCAUUGUGUGGUGACCUGCAUUUAUUUCUGCAAAGGAAAUAAAAUCAACCCCAUAUUUACAAAUGAAAUUACAAAGUCUCGGGUCUAGGUUCAUCAAAGAAAAUUGGUUAUGUAUAUAUUGUCGCUCAGGUAAUAUUUGAUUGGAACGAGGAAAUAAGUGCAAUCAACGGAACAAUUUCCUUAUCAAGGGGAAAUGAUCCUGGGCAUAUAGUAAUAUCGUCAAUAUCAUUUGUGACGAACAAAAAAACACAUGGACCAUAUGGUAAUGUAAGAGGGAAGUCAUUCAUGGUAUCUUUUGAUGAUGGUUCUUUUGCUGGAUUAUAUGGCCUUGCUGGCUAUUAUAUUGAUAGUAUCGGUGUCUACUUGAAGACUAUACUAUGAGAUGAUGGACAAAUAUGAUUUUGUUAUUAGAAUUAUGUUAUGUAGUGUGGUGAUUGACUCUUACUGUUUUUUUUGGUUUUUAUAUUUAAAUAUGAUAAUCAUGCA